CCAGCACCACCACCACCCGCCCACCCACUCCGCCUGCCCAGCAUGGAUCUCGAGGACAUCGGCUCCAAGAUCAGCCAGCUGACGAUGUACGACGUGCGCCGCGCGUACACCGGCGCCCUCAACUGGGCCCUCAAUGUCAGCGAGAUGGAGGCUAAGGUCAAGGAGGCCACCAGCGACGAGAAGUGGGGCGCGUCCUCGACGCAGAUGCAGGAGAUCGCCCAGGCGACCAACAACUUUGCCGACUUCAACGAGAUCAUGCCCGCCAUCUACCGCAACUUCAUGGAGCGCGAGGCGCGCGAGUGGCGCAUGAUCUACAAGGCGCUGCAGCUGCUCGAGUAUCUCGUCAAGCACGGCUCGGAGCGUGUCGUCGAUGAUGCGCGCUCGCACCUCGGCACGAUCAAGAUCCUGCGCAACUUCCACUACAUCGACGAGGCGGGCAAGGACCAGGGCAUCAAUGUGCGCACGCGCUCCAAGGAGCUCUCGACGCUGCUCGGCGACGUCGAGGCGAUCCGGCAGGAGCGCCGCAAGGCGCGCGCCAACCGGCAGAAGUACACGCAGGGCGGCGGUGCCGGCGACUUCAUUCCCGGCUCGGGCACGGGCCGCUACGGCGGCUUCGGCUCGGACUCGGCCUUUGCCAGCGGCCUCGGCGCCGGCGGCUACGGCGGCUCGUCGGCGGGCGGCAGUGGAGGAGGCGGCUACGGCGGUGACCGGGCAGAGGAGUUCGAUGAGUACGACGCGGGCGACGCCGAGGAGCGCACGUCCAAGCCGAAGCCGGCACCGCGCUCCAGCACGACGCGGGCGGCAGCGCGCGCCCCCGAGGCACCAGCCAAGGCUGCGCCCGUGGUGCAGGACCUCUUCUCCUUUGAUGACGACGAUGAGGAGCAGAAGCCGGCCGCUGUGGCUGCUCCUGCUGCUGCUCCGGCCCGGGCUGCAGCGCCCGCCAAGCCCACUGCGAGCCUCGACUUUGACGACUUUGACGACUUCCAGGCCGCACCUGCGGCCGCUGCCGCCGCACCAGCUGCGCCGCUCGCUGCAUCUCGCCCAGCACCCGCAUCCACGCCAUCGUACAGCGGCAGCGCCGUCAUGGCACCCACACGUGCGUCCUCUGGCACCCCUGCAGCUGCUGCAAAGCCGGCCGCACCGGCGAGCAGCGGUGCGUUUGGCUUCGACGACCUUUGGGCGGCCAGCUCGGGCACCGCCUCGACGGGCGCCGCCGCGCAGAAGGGCAAGGGCAAGAUGAGCCUGGCGGAGAUGGCGCGCGACAAGAGCUCGAGCGCGGUGUGGGGCAGCAACGCACCCGCGCAGCAGCCGCCGCAGCAGGCACAGAAGAAGCCGGACCUCUUCGACCUGCUGUAGAGUCCCUGCUGCGCAGUCCGGACACGCUCGUCACCUUUGCUCAAUAUACGCGUUAUGAGAGAGCCGA